CGAGAAUUAAAUUUAUCCUGCUUGUUACACCAACGCAUAACGCAUCUCAAAACUGUACUGAAUCAAAAUGGGGCUCUUUUUAACGAGUAUUUGCCUCCUUUCUUUGGCAACUUUCCAUCUGGGGGCAGCGUCCCCAGUGGACGGGGAGAGACAAGGAACAAAAAAACUAGUCUGUUAUUAUACAAACUGGUCAUCAUCUCGAUCUGGAAAUUCUGCAUUUUUCCCAAGCGACAUUGACGCCUCGUUAUGUACCCAUAUCAUCUACAGCUUUUCUAUUUUGGACGCCACGUCGUUAGAAAUGGUGGUGCAAGACACAGAGACGGAUAUUAAUCAAGGUUUCUAUGAGCAGGUGACAAGCUUAAAAUCCCAAGGCGUCAAAGUAUUAAUCGCCAUUGGAGGAUGGAAUGACUCUGAAGGGGACAAAUAUUCUCGAAUGGUCACGAAUCCUGCCUCCAGAGCAAAUUUUGUCACCAAAGCGGUUGAAUUUAUAAGACGAUACAAUUUUGAUGGAUUGGACCUUGAUUGGGAGUACCCCAGUUGUCCCCAAGGGGCGUGUGGUGAUACGCCGGCAUCGGAUAAGCAAAAUUUCGCCAAUUUACUCCGUGAAUUAAGGACAGCAUUUUUGCCACAUGGUUUCCUUCUCUCGGCCGCUGUUUCGGCAUCAUCAUCCAUUGCUGCCAGAGCGUACGAUAUUCCGACACUAAACUCACAAUUGGACUGGAUUGGCUUGAUGACGUAUGAUAUGCAUGGAGGAUGGGACGGUGUCACAGGACACAAUUCUCCCUUCCGAGGGGCAUCCCCCAACACGGUAGACACCAUCACCUAUUGGCUUCAGAAUGGUGCAACCGCUGCAAAAUUAGUGGUCGGCGUCCCCUUGUACGGUCGCUCAUUUACGUUGUCAAACCCCAAUAAUAAUGGCGUCGGAGCACCAGCGAGUAACGGGGCUCCUGGCGAAUAUACUGGAGAAGCUGGAUUUCUAGCAUAUUUCGAACUUUGCAUGAACCUCGCCCCUUUCACCCAUGUCCCCCAAGUCGGGCCGUAUGGGUUUCGAGGGACUCAGUGGGCAUCGUUUGAUAACACACAGAUCAUUGGCGAUAAGACGGGAUUUAUUAUGCAACAAGGAUUGGCUGGGGCUAUGGUUUGGGCAAUUGAUUUGGAUGAUUUUAACGGUGGCUUUUGUGGGGCUGGAGAGUAUCCUCUGCUAAAAGCUUUGAAAGCUGGGUUGGGAAUUUAAUAAUUUUUUUGCUUGUCGGUACGAAGUUAAAUUGAAUUUUAAUCAAUUAAUUAAUUAACUUGUCACAGUUGUCACUAAUCAUUAACUUAAUAUUAGUCAUCACAUUUAACUAAAGUUUAUUUAUUCCAGUAUCGUGAUACUGCACCUGCUAUGUAACAUGUUAUUCAAAUUAAUACGAUUAGUCAUCCUUGUUAUAAAAUCAUGUCACUAUUUAUAAGCUUGUAGCUUGUCAGAUUGGCGGACGCGUUUUAACAAUAAAAUGGUGAUAAUGGAAUCAUUUAAA